GCUCGGUGCUACCUACCUCAUAUAUACACGGAGUUAUUGAUUAUUUCUCCUUCCUCGUUAUUUCUUCUUCCCACAACUUAACAUGGAAAUAGUAUAAAAGAAGCAUUCGAACGGUUUUUCGAAACGAAAAAGAUCGGGAAGCAAUGCACCGAGCAGUCUUUGAUGCGUUUGCACAAUGCCUUCUUGGCAGCGGAAAAUGAAGAAAUGGAUUCUUCUCAGCUGCAAGAUUCUUUCCAAGACGUCCUCGAGAUAACAAUGCCACAGGACGAGUUUCAGACUCUCUUCAAAAAAAUAGAUAUAAAGGUUGACGGCAAGAUAAAGUGGGAUGAAUUUAUUUCUUAUCUUCUGCUGGAAUUUCACGAUACGGAUACUAGUCUGAGAUCGGAAAUGUUGGAAAUACCGUUGACUGAUUUGCCAAAAAUGUUAAGAACGCGUCAUCGCACACCUGUAUGCAGAAUUACGUUCUGUCCGGAAGUUUUACCGGACAGAAGUACUAGUUUUCGUAGAGGUUGUUAUUUGACUGUUAGCCAAGACGGUAUGAUUAAUUAUUGGACGUUAGAUCUCGAGUACGAGCGCACCGUGUAUUCCAAGAAUCCGUACUUAAAAGUGGUGUCCACUUUUAUAACUGAUAUGAUCGUGCUGCCGGAUGUACAAGUGGUGUGCACAAGUUCGACAGAAUAUGAUUUGAGAUUUUACGACACUGCGGCAAAAAAGUUCGAUCUUCGUAUAUUGAUAUCCAGUUUAGAACACGCGGUCGUUUGUAUGCACUAUUACUUCAGCACAGACACGAAUGAACCCUCGUACAUUGUUCUGGGUGAUACAAACGGAUCUGUUAUAAUUAUGGCAUUUCAAUCCGCAGAGAGAGGACCUUUUAAUCAGCAUCCGGCACAUGAUACAAUCACUCUUCGUUACGACGAUCUUAUUAAAGGAAAGUUGCAAGGAUUAAACGUGUUGGAGUUCAAGAACAUACAUUCGAAGUGGACAAACCAGGUGGCUUAUUACGGAAGCCUGCGAACUUUCGUAUCGUGUAGCCGAUGCGAUGAUCGUUCUCUGUGCGUCUUCAACGUGACGGGCGUGACGCAAUACACGUUUCAAGUUCUCAUGGGGAUAUCUUGCUUCACGGUUUGCGAAGAGAGUUGUACACUGGUAACGGGCGGAAUAGAUAGCGUAGUCCGCGUUUGGAAUCCGUUCGUUCCCGGAAAAGCGAACGCCAUUCUUCAAGGACAUCGUUCUCCUAUUUGCGCGCUUGUUAUAAUAGACGCCGGCAAGCGUGUUUACUCAUUGUCAAAAGACAGGUGUAUAAAGGUGUGGGAUGUCCCGACCCAUACCUGCAUUCAGACGUACAAUCGGUUGCCACGCGAGCUGACCGAAUACGCUCCGAUGAGCGUAGUGUUCAACACGCUGACUCGCACGAUGAUCAUUGCCAGUAUGAUGAUCGCUAUUCUCAUUUGCGAACACGUGAUUAACGAAGAGACUUCGGACGGCUACACGCACAUAAAGGGCGUCAGUUGUGUUCUUUACAAUCAGCUUUAUCGAGUGAUCGUUAGCACCGGAAUGGAUUCCUGCAUCAUCGUCUGGAAUCCUUGGAUUGGACGUCGGAUACGUCUGAUAUCAAACGCUCACAGUAUCAUGCAAUGGGGACAGCUCGUUGAUAUCGAAAUUACGGCGGCUUGUUUCGACAACUCGGAGCAAUUUUUAGUGACCGGCGCCAGAGACGGAUCGCUGAAAAUAUGGAACUUCAAUACCGGCGUUUGCAUGAGAUCUAUGACGGUCGAUCAUUCGCGCGAAAUAACAAGUGUCGUGUGGCACGAAAAUCGAAUUCUGUGUUGCGGUUGGAAUAAACGCGUCACUGAAUUGGUGGCUUUCGAGUCCGACACUUGCAAAAAAGAGUGGACGACCAAUCACACCGAUGACAUUUUGUGCUCGGCUGCGAUAUUUCCUCAUCUGCUAGCCACCGGGACAUAUAAUGGGGAACUGAUUCUGUGGAAACUUGAAACGGGUCAGCCGUUUAGAAAGUACCAAGUGAUUGAUAGUGGCGGAAGAUAUGCUUUGACGAAUACAACAAAUGCGCAAAUGAUCAAAAAAUCAAACGAGAUCGACAAAUCCACCGAUCAGCACAUUAAAGAAUUGACUCCGUGUGUUCACCAAGAAUCGGCGUUGAAUAUCAUUCGUGUGAUCGCAGUGCGCGCAAUGAUCUUUCUAUCCGCGCGAGAAACGAGACCGGACGUCGGUACGUUGGUGAUAGCACUCGAUUCCGGUUUGGUGCAAAUGUGGACGCAUCAUCCCGAGGCGGGAUUCCUAGGAGCCUUUUCGGUCAUCCACACCGUGCGCGAUUGCGCCACGUCCUUAGCUACUGAUCCUGAAAAUCAGUUUCUCGUAACGGGCCACAGCAUCGGAUACAUAAAAAUCUGGCUUCUCUCUAAUUACAUGUUGCCAAAUCCGCCGAAAGUGUGCAUGCCGUUACUCAGACUGAAGUUUCCGUUUUUGUGGAAGGACACAAUAAACGGAAGAGCAAAAAGAGCGGUACGAGAUCAGACGCUGCCGGUUUUACUAUCGUCCGUGCGCGGUCAUACGCAGGGAAUCACUUCUCUUCAAAUCAUUUCCAGCGCGGAGAUAAUAGUCAGUGCUAGCGCGGAUCGCACGGUACGUUUGUGGAGUUUAAACGGUCGUUACAUAUCGACAUUGGGAACGUUCAGAGAUUGGGUGCCGAUCUUACCCACUGUGCCGGUACAGAAAUAUUUUGAGAACUAUAGACUACCAGCAGACAUUAAGGAACGCGCUAGUUUUACCACUUUAAAGGUACUUUGUGGCGGCAAGAGACAAGUGGAAAUAGAAAUCAAAGAGAAAGAGAUAGAUAUUCCGAAAGAAAUCCUUGAAGAAAAACGACAUUUGCUAUAUGGAAAGCAAGUAGACAAAUCGGUACUUGAAAAUUAUUAUGAAUUACAAGUACCUAGCAAAACGUAUCAAGAAUAUCUAAAAUUGGAUACUUCAUUGCCAUAUAUACCGAUUUAUACACAUUUAUCAACAUACGCUUUGAAAUCCGUAAAAACGUCAAAAACUUUGUUCAGGCAAAAAAUGAAACUCGCGCAGACAUUUUUAAAUUAAAAGUAUUUUAUACAUUUACGAAAGGUAUAUUAUACAUGACAAGUUCGUUUGUUCGAAAACUUAUAAUAUGUAUAUACUUUCAGUAAAAAAAUUGUAUUCUCUCAGAAGUAGCAACGAAUGCCCUGCGUUUGACCGCAAUGGACAGAACUGGAUAAGCCUCUAUAAAAUUGAAUCUGCAUCAUUAAGUGCACUCUUCCGCAAUUAAAAUUUACAAAAUAUUAUUUGUUGUAUCAAUAUGUAUUUUAUACAAUGAGAAUUGAUCAAAUGCAAUUAAAAUACGCAAGUUAGUAAUUCAUUCAAGAAUGUUCUCUACGUAUAAUUAUUUACUAACUGAAGUCCGGGAUACACGAUGCAUUUUUUCAUGUGAGAUCGCGUGCGAGCAAUAUCACAACGAUUUGAUACCUUCGAUUUAAAGAGCAAUAAAUCGCAAUUGGCUGAUUCCGAUUGCUCACGUCGCAAUCUGGCACAAAAACAAGCAUAUCGUAUGCAGCAAGCUUAAAUCGUUAUCAUCUACUUACAUUACACAUGCUCCAAUGUCUUUUCGAACAAAUAUAAAAAUUAAGAAAUGUAUAGACAGUCAUGAGAGCUGUUCGCUGGAUGUGUGCGAAAAUAUGCGUGUGUAUAUAUAUAUAUAUAUAUAUAUAUGUAUAUACAGACCCCGUAUAUCCCCUAACUAAUUUUAAAAUAUUGCGAAAAAAGUUAGGAGGGUAUACGGGGUCUCAUAUAUGAGAUGCAAAUAUAACAUUCUAUAUUUAAGAAUUGAAAUCUUAAUUCAAAAACUCACGU